UACGCGACGAGGAGGCGGGGCUCCGAUCGGUCACGUGGCCCCGCACCUCCCCGGCGCGCGCCCGUGCACCAUCCCGCUCGCUCCCGGCUCCUCCUCCUCUUCUCGCCAUUGCAGUUGGACUCAGCAGCCCGGCGCACACCGCGUGGCUUUUGGGGGCAGACCCCGGUGGGCUGUGGCAGGAGGGAGGAGGCAGCAGCGGCUGCUGUCGGGGAAGGGGACGCCAAGAAGAUAGUUGAAGUAUUGGUAACACCAAGGAAAUCUGUCACAGUUUGAAAAGCUAAGCAAAAGUUUGAUUCCCAGACACUACAGAGAAAAGUGAAAAUGGCAUUGUACCAUCACCACUUCACCACGAGAGGAAGAAGGCGUCCAAUGCGGAUUUUUGUGAAUGACGAUCGCCAUGUGAUGGCAAAGCAUUCUUCGGUGUAUCCUACCCAAGAGGAGCUGGAGGCAGUGCAGAACAUGGUGUCCCACACCGAGCGGGCUCUCAAAGCUGUGUCUGACUGGAUCGACGAGCAAGAGAAAGGCAACAGCGAGCAGGCCGAGUCUGACAACAUGGAUGUGCCCGCAGACGACGAGAGCAAAGAAGGCGCCGGGGAACAGAAGGCGGAACACAUGACCAGGACCCUGCGGGGCGUGAUGCGGGUCGGCCUGGUGGCGAAGGGUCUUCUGCUCAAGGGGGACUUGGAUCUAGAGCUGGUGCUGCUAUGUAAGGAGAAGCCCACAACGGCCCUCCUGGACAAGGUGGCUGACAACCUGGCCAUCCAGCUUGCUGUGACUGAUGACAAAUAUGAAAUACUCCAGUCUGUGGAUGAUGCUGCAAUUGUGAUAAAAAAUACGAAAGAGCCCCCGCUGUCUCUUACCAUUCACCUGACAUCUCCCGUUGUCAGAGAAGAGAUGGAGAAGAUGCUAGCUGGAGAAACGCUAUCAGUCAACGACCCCCCGGACGUUCUGGACAGGCAGAAAUGCCUUGCUGCCUUGGCGUCCCUCCGUCACGCCAAGUGGUUCCAGGCCAGGGCCAAUGGGCUGAAGUCCUGCGUCAUUGUUAUCCGGGUCCUGAGGGACCUGUGCACCCGUGUCCCCACCUGGGGUCCCCUCAGAGGAUGGCCCCUGGAGCUCCUGUGUGAGAAGUCCAUCGGCACAGCCAACCGGCCAAUGGGUGCUGGCGAGGCCCUGCGGAGAGUGCUGGAGUGCCUUGCGUCCGGCAUCGUGAUGCCAGAUGGUUCUGGCAUUUAUGACCCUUGUGAAAAAGAAGCCACUGAUGCUAUUGGGCAUCUAGACAGACAGCAACGGGAAGAUAUCACACAGAGUGCGCAGCACGCACUGCGGCUCGCUGCCUUUGGCCAGCUUCACAAAGUCCUGGGCAUGGACCCCCUGCCUUCCAAGAUGCCCAAGAAACCAAAGAACGAGAACCCAGUAGACUACAUCGUUCAAAUCCCUCCCAGCACCACCUACGCCAUUACACCCAUGAAACGCCCCAUGGAGGAGGAUGGGGAAGAGAAGUCCCCCAGCAAAAAGAAGAAGAAGAUUCAAAAGAAAGAGGAGAAGGCUGAGCCUCCCCAGGCCAUGAAUGCGCUGAUGCGGUUGAACCAGCUGAAGCCAGGGCUGCAGUACAAGCUGGUGUCCCAGACAGGCCCUGUGCACGCUCCCAUCUUCACCAUGUCCGUGGAGGUGGAUGGCAGCUCAUUUGAGGCCUCGGGGCCCUCCAAGAAGACCGCCAAGCUGCACGUGGCUGUAAAGGUGUUACAGGACAUGGGCUUGCCGACAGGUGCCGAAGGCAGGGACUCCAGCAAGGGGGAGGACUCUGCUGAGGAGACAGAGGCGAAGCCCGCUGUAGUGGCCCCGCCCCCCGUGGUGGAAGCUGUGUCGACCCCCAGCGCCACUUUCCCCUCAGAUGCCACCACUGAGAACGUAAAACAGCAGGGGCCGAUCCUGACUAAGCAUGGCAAGAACCCAGUUAUGGAACUGAAUGAGAAAAGGCGAGGCCUCAAGUACGAGCUCAUCUCUGAGACUGGAGGCAGCCACGACAAGCGCUUCGUCAUGGAGGUCGAGGUGGAUGGACAGAAGUUCCAAGGUGCUGGCUCAAACAAGAAAGUGGCAAAGGCAUACGCUGCCCUUGCUGCGCUUGAGAAGCUUUUCCCUGAUGCCCCCCUCGCCCUCGAUGCCAACAAAAAGAAGAGAGCACCAGUUCCUGUCCGAGGCGGACCAAAGUUCGCUGCCAAGCCACACAAUCCUGGCUUCGGGAUGGGUGGCCCCAUGCACAACGAGGUGCCCCCGCCCCCCAAUCUCCGCGGGCGGGGCCGAGGCAGCAGCAUCCGAGGGCGAGGGCGAGGACGAGGGUUUGGCGGUGCCAACCAUGGAGGCUACAUGAAUGCUGGCGCCGGAUACGGAAGUUAUGGGUACGGCGGCAACUCGGCGACAGCAGGCUACAGUCAGUUCUACAGCAACGGAGGGCAUUCUGGGAAUGCUGGUGGUGGCGGCGGCGGGGGCGGUGGUGGCUCUUCCGGCUAUGGCUCCUACUACCAAGGGGACAACUACAACUCACCGGUACCCCCAAAACACACUGGGAAGAAGCCGCCACAUGGGGCCCAGCAGAAGCCAUCUUACGGCUCAGGCUACCAGUCCCACCAGGGUCAGCAGCAGUCCUACAACCAGAGCCAGUACGGCAACUAUGGCCCACCACAGGGCAAGCAGAAGGGCUACAACCAUGGGCAAGGCAACUACUCCUACUCGAACUCCUACAGCUCGCCGGGAGGCGGGGGCGGCUCGGACUACAGCUACGAGAGCAAAUUCAACUACAGUGGUAGUGGAGGCCGAAGCGGUGGGAACAGCUACGGCUCAGGCGGGUCGUCCUACAACCCAGGGUCCCAUGGGGGCUACGGCGGAGGUUCUGGGGGCGGCUCCUCAUACCAAGGCAAACAAGGAGGCUACUCGUCACAGUCGAACUACAACUCCCCGGGCUCUGGCCAGAACUACAGCGGCCCUCCCGGCUCCUACCAGUCCUCACAGGGCGGCUACAGCAGGAACGCAGACCACAGCAUGAACUACCAGUACAGAUAAAGGCCCUCGCGGGCUGCGGCCUCCUCUCCUGCACUUCUGCCCGCCCGCCCGCCAGACGAUUCAGUUCGACACAUCACAGUUACCACGUCAGCCGGCCCUCCGGCCGCCCCACCCGUCCACGUUGCUGUGUUGUGAGGUGCAGCGGCCCCAGCCGUGCUGUGACCCCUGUUUAGCCGUGUUUGGGACUCCGUGUCUUCAGUGGUUUGUUAGUUGCCAUUACAGCCUUGUCUGGGUAGAGUUUGAGUUCUUGCCGUUCGGUAACCCUCUGUCUUUUUACACUUGGUGUUAACGUUGACUUCGUUUGUCUUGAAAUAGUUACGGAGGGGAUACGUCAUCUGUUAAUGCUUUUGUGAAGUGAGUUAAAUGAGCUUUCUGUAUUUUAAUGCUUUAGUGUUUCAGUUUUAUAAGUGAAGAUUUUAUUUUAAAAACCAGUGGGAAAGACUGGGGAUUUUGUAUGUCUGGGUCAUUCAGGCAGUAAAUCUGAGUUCAGCUGAAUGUAGACUAAUAAAGAAAAAGCAAAGUGCGUGCGUCCCAGGCCUGCGCGUCUGACCUUCCAGCCAGGCUGCUCUUGCCCUCAGGAAGCGAGGUGAGGAUGGCAGAUUGGCCCCUGGUCACCAUAGAGGGGCCACCUGUAGACAUCUUUCCCUUCCGGGGCGGCUGCCUGCCAGCACAGACUCCACCUGGGCGGCUUGGCACCAGCUCCCAGCAGCGUCUGGGAGGUCCGCAGUGGCCCCCACUGGCCUUUGAGGUGCAAUCCAGAAAUGCAGCUCGAGGGCCGGGAUUUAGCUCAGUGGUUCUGCCGUCUGCCUUGCAAGUACAGGGACGAGAGUUCGAUCUUCAGUACCCCCUCCCCCAGAAAAGCAGCUCAGCCUUAUUUUGCCUCUGGGAGUUCUGGUGUCAUUUGUAGUGUGAUCUCAUACCUUUGUACAGCGCAGUGUCCCCGCAGGAGCCACUGCUCUUGGGACAGGCCUAGCUCACUUGGGAUGGGGCUGAGGAAAGCCUGGUGAUGUAAGCCCAGACCUGGGCCAGCUAUGCGGGGAGAGCUGGCGUUGCUGUCAUCUGCAGGACACCUCAGUACGUACCUUGAGCCUCACGUGGAGAGUAGAGCUCUUUCCGUUCCAGAUUCCUGGACUGAGUAGCAGACCUCUCGGGGCUGUGCUGCAGCGUUGGGGACCUAGUUUUCGUGGGUAGAGGCUCAAGCUGCUGUCCCGCGUGCAGAAGAAGUGCGCCUCACCGCAGGAACUCCGUGGCUAAGCGUGGAGUGGAGAAGCUGCUGAGCCCUGGGCCGCACUGGCCUGUCCCCACGAGAGGGGCUGUGCUGGUGGCACCACUCCGCUGGCGCCUGCCUGGGAAGAACCUGUGUGCCCUGGGCAUGCCCCAACCUCUGAGACCUGGGCUGCGCCCCUGGCCUCCCCGUGUGGUGACCUUGUGUUCCAACAGGCUGGGACCCUGUGUGCGUGCAGCUCCUCUGCUGGCGCAGGGCAGGUGAAGGCUGGCCUUGCCAAGUGAGGGAAAUUUGCACUGAUGUCUCCACUACUGGGGAGAGGCGGGAAGAAGAGGUGGCCACAGUGACAACAUCUGGGUGACCUGGAGGUGCCGCAGGAGCCCACCAAGGUAGCAUCAUGGAGGGGUAGGUCCCAACUCCGAUUUCGAAGAAGGAAUCUGUGGUCCCCUCGUGGACACUUGGAGGGCCAGGACAAGAAGAGACUUGUACUGUGUUGAAAGUGAGAGGACACGAGUGGGGAGCCGGUGUCACUCGCGCGCAGGAGAGGAUGUGAAGAACGACGUGGCUGCCCAGCCGCUGUGUCGCCUGCACCGGCCUUCACGUAGGCCACCAAUUCCCAGAUCAGCCACCACCCUCGUACUCCUGACUGCCCCCAGCCCGCCCCUGGCCUGUGGGUCACACACACCCGGGCAUCCGGGCGGUGAAGAGCUGCAGAACCCGGCGCCCUUGGCAUGUUGAGCCGGCUUGGGGACCUCACUGGUGCUGAGCGUCCUGUGAUGUCCCAGACCAGUGGCAUUGUCUCGGCCCUCAGCACCUGCCAGGCCCUGCGGGGAACAGCUGGGGAGAGUGGGCUUGCAGUGGAGACUCCUUGGCCAAGGUUGGGGUGCUUUAGGUAGAUGGUGUCCUGAGCCCGGAGUCCCCAUAGAGCCCCAGGAGGGGUUUAGCAGGAGCUGGGGAGCGCUGCAGACUCACCACAGAAGGCUCAGGACGCCCAGGAGUGGAGGAAGGGGAAAGAAGCCCUCGGUCUGUGGCUGAGGUGGCCGUGGGCAUUGUGUAUGCGGCAUGACAGUGCAUUUCCAGCUCCCUGGUUAAGCAGUGCCCUUGGUGCCCUGAUGGAGUCCCUGGCUAGGGGUCCUCGCCCAGUGGCCUGAUGAUCCUCUGCCGUGGCUGGGAAGUGGCAUUUACUCUACAUUGCUGCCUCUUGGGUGCUGACGGGACCUGGCCCUGUGGGAAGCCCCCUGGCCUGACUGCAGCCGGUGUUGAUCUGCAUGUUCACUUGUGCUUUAUUUACAUGCCCGAGAGAGACCCCGGGACACACAGCAACGCAGCAGGCCUUAGGCUCAGAUGCUCGCUCUGACCCAUCCCAUAAUAAACACGUGUGAGUC